UCAUUCGCAUCGAAGAAACUAAGCCGAAAUGAGCUACAAAUCUUGCUUGAUAACCCUCAGUGCGCUGAGCUGUAUCCUGGCCGUGCUUGGAGCUGCAGUCGAUCAAUCUGAGCUGCCAUCCAAGUCGGAAUUGGUGGUGGAGAAACAGGAGGAGGGUCAAGUGCCCAUCGAUGUGAAUGACGUGCCGGAGCAAUGUCAUCAGCCUAAGGAGACGGGACGCUGCUUUGCACUCUUCUAUCGCUAUGCUUACAAUCUGGACACUCACACCUGUGAGGAGUUCAUCUAUGGAGGCUGCGCCGGCAACAGCAACAACUUUGAUACCAAAGAACAGUGCGAACAGAUCUGCCUGACCAAAACAACGCCAUCAACAGCAGCACCAUCCGAACCCGUAGCUGAAUCCGCGACUGAGCAAGUCCCCGAACUGACUACGGAACAACAGAAACCACAAUCCACAGACAGCACCACUCAGUCCACAUCGGCUUAGUGGGAAGUACCGUCCAUUUAGUAUAUAAGUAUAUAUUAUUAAAACACAACUUUUGUUAUUGUGAAAUGUAAAUACUUUCACUACAUUAUAUGUUUACCUCUGUAUAUUAAUAUGCCUGUAUUUAGCAACAGGGGCGGAUUGGGAAUGAUGCGGGCCCAUAUAUAACAGGCCUACUUAAUGUAAAGAAAAAAUUAACAGCUAAAGGAAUAAACAUUGUUUAAUAUUUAUCCAAA